GGCAGAACAGAAAGGCAAUAAAAAGGCAGGACACAGGAAGAAGGGCUGGUUCUCUCUCUCUCUCUGUAGAAGGAAGGGCAGCGAGGCAGCGUGGCAAGCUAAAGGCUAUUCGCUGGUGCUCUGAUCUCUUGGGCUUUUAACUCUGUAUUUGGCUCUGAGUAUCUUAUUUAAUAAGACCGUUUAGAAUUUCGUCUACAGCCAUCCCCUAGCCCCAAAGCUAGAGACACCCUGUCUAGAAAACAACAACAACAACAAGGGCUCCAGUGGCUCAAAGGACAUGCAUCGGCUCUCAGAAUGAAGGCCAAGCAGGAGCGAAGCUGGCAGCGGUCCCACCCGGCGGAUGACGCGCUGGCGACCCUGGAGGUGAAGCAGGAGCCUUUGAGCCCCGAACCUGUCUCGCGCUGCCUACCCGACGCCCCAGCCUGUGCUAGUUCGAGUCGGUCCCCAGGCAAAAGGAAACACGAGUCCUCGGGGAGAAGAAGCGAGUCUCCACCGGCCAAGAGAAGCCGGAGCUCCCACUACUCCGCGGUCAGAGUGAAGCAGGAACCUGAGGACCAUCCACCGCGAGGUCCAGAGCAUCUGCAGCACCGGCAGCCAUCAGAACGGCUGCAGAGGGGAGCGGGGAACCGAGAGCGAGACCAGCACCAGGGUCGUUCCCGCCAAAGGAGCAGCUGGGAUGAGAGGCCGGUCCGUGGGCAGGGUCGGCAUGGAGACAGCCAGAAGCUGCAGGCCCAGGACGAAGAGAGGGACUUCCAGAAUGCCAGGCACCGCCAGGAGCAUCGCCAGCAGAAAGAAGGUGCUGGCGGUGAGGCUCACGAGGUGAUCCCUCGCCCUGCUGCUAACAGAAGCAAAGAAGUGCCUGUUAAAGAGAAACGGAGCCUUGAACUUUCUGGGGCACUACUUGAGGACGCCAAUACCUUCCGGGGUGUGGUCAUUAAGUACAGCGAACCCCCAGAAGCCCAGAUCCCCAAAAAACGGUGGCGUCUCUACCCCUUUAAAAAUGACGACAUGCUUCCGGUCAUGUACAUCCACCGGCAGAGUGCUUACCUUCUGGGUCGAGAUCGCCUCAUCGCCAACAUCCCCAUCGACCAUCCCUCUUGCUCAAAGCAGCAUGCAGUCUUCCAGUACCGGCUUGUGGAGCACACGCGUGCUGACGGCACUGUUGGUCGGACCGUGAAGCCCUACAUCAUUGACCUCGGCUCCAGCAACGGAACCUUCUUGAACAGCAAGCGUAUCGAGCCACAGAGAUACUACGAACUGAAGGAAAAGGAUGUCCUUAAAUUUGGGUUCAGCAGCAGGGACUAUGUCUUGCUCCAUGAGUCUUCAGACACCUCUGAAGCAGACAGGAAGGAAGAUGAGGAGGAGGAGGAGGAG